ACACUGAUUCAUCAAGAUGUCAGUAGUGUAACAAUAAACAUUUCAUUCUGCUACCAGUUAUUUCUUUACAAAAACUAUUUUAGGACAUUCAAAUGAAGAAUUAUUGUAUUGUACUUUACAGAUGUAUUUUCGAUUAAAAGGUGUCGGUUAUUUCAAGAAAGAUGGAUGUUCGGUCGUGGAUAGGUGAUUGAUUCUCAGUCGCAAAGAAUCGUGGGCUCGGCCAGUAUAGCUUAGCAUUACUUGACCUUGGUUCGGUUCAGUUAACUUAUCUAGAUCAUGGAACGUCCUAUCGAAAUAAAAUAUUGGCUCGAGAACCCUAAAAGUGAAGAGGCCAUAAAUGAAUGUAAAAAUGUGGUUCGUAUUCUCGAGAAAACCAGCUGUUUGCUUGUUCGCGAUCCGCGAACCGUUGAGAAUGAUAAUCAGAGAUUUUUAGACACUAUGGAGCAAUAUUUUCAACAACCUCUUGAGGAUAUCAUGGCGGAUGUGCAUCCUGAAUUGAAUUUUCAAGUUGGCAUUACUCCGUCGGGCGCGGAAUCUCCUCUUUGCGUUGCCGAUCCAAAGUGCCACGAAAUCAUUGCAGAACUUUCAAGGAACGCAAAGAACGCCCCUUUACAGCCGUCGAGAAAUGACGUGAAAUGGCGUUUUCUCCAUCGUAUUGGACCGCGACCUACUAAGACAAAGUUUAAUGAAUUAAAUUGCCAGCCUGUUUGUCCAGCAGCUAUUCCAAAUUUUACGAAACUAAUGGACUCUUGGGGAAAUCAACUUCUUGCAGCUGCAAAAACAAUUACUGAAAUGAUUGCAGUUGGUUAUGGUUUACCCAAAGAUACGAUCACUAAUAUGAUGAAAUAUGGCCCACAUUUACUAGCUCCUACUGGUUCGGACUUAAGUAAAUACAACAAGUUAAAUACAAUCUUGGCUGGGUUUCAUCGGGACAUUGAUUUUCUAACUCUUCACGGGAAAAGUCGAUUUCCUGGGUUAGAUAUUUGGUUGCGAGAUGGUACAAAGUUUCUAGUUUCCGUUCCCGAUGGAUGCCUACUGGUUCAAGCGGGAAUGCAAUUAGAAUAUUUAACAGGAGGUCGUAUUACAGCCGGGUGGCAUCAAGUUACCGUAAAUGAGCAAACUUUGACUGCAAUUCAAACUGCAAAGAAAGCAGGAAGACCUUUGUGGCGCAUUUCGUCGACAUUGUUCUGUCAUAUCGAGUCAGAUGUCGAAAUGCGUUCCUUAAUAGGCACCGAACAAGAAAAGAAAAAGGAAGCCGAAAAAUUACCUCCAAUUAUAGCUGGCGAGUUUAUAAAAAGAGAAUUAUAUAAAAUAAAUUUAUUUGCUCAAGACAGCAAACAGGGCGUUAAGUGACUAGCUAAUCAGAGUUAACACUUAUCAAUCGGCUCGAUCACGUAUAAUAUAAUCGAAUGUUGUAAUGAGUAUAAACUCUACCAAAAAUGUUGGUAAUCAUAAUUAUAUAUGUGUAUUUAUAACGUGCAAUCUGUAUAUCCUGUGCAUAUCUAUUUUUGUACUUUAUGGCAAAUAAAUAUUAAUUUUAUCAUA